GGUAAGAGCGCAGUCUUCUGCGAUCGCAUCUUCGAGCGACCGCAGGCAAUUGCGACCUAGGCAGUCCGUCCGAGAACGCUUCGACUCCCCCUCGGGAAGGAAAACCGCUUGCUUCGCGGAGCGUAAGCAACCACAGGGCGCUUUGGAACACAAAUCCAUCUCCGGAUCCCUCUUCAGUCUUCUCCUCCAUUAUUCUCCCACUUCUCACCAUUCCCAGAUGAAGGCGGGCGGCAGGACACCGGAUGGGUGCUCGAGAGGGCGAGGGAUCCCUCGGGGUCGCGAAUGGGUAGGCCAAUUCGCUGAUUUGGCAUCUAGUGGCAAGCCUUCCGUGUGUUGGGAUGAUAGGGAUUCCGUUUCCUCUUCCAGAGGUCUUAGGGACAAAACUCCACCAAUUGUCAGACCAGAGCAGGGAGGAGUUUCUUCAGGGAAAGUGCGGGAUAAGAAUACUGCAGAACAUUCUAACUGUGGUCCAGAUAUAUGCCCUUUUGACAUCUGCACGGGAGAUAUCAUAGGCCCUGUUAAGCUAAAUCUUUCUCUACUUCAAGUCAAUAGAGAAAAAAGAAGGGAACGUGAACUCUCAAAGAAUGUUCCUCAGCACAGAUAUUUAGGACCUGGGAUGGUCCUAUUAAAGAACUUUAUAAGCCAUCAAGAUCAGGUCCAUAUUAUUAAACUAUGCCGAGAACUUGGUCUUGGUUUAGGGGGAUUCUACAGACCAGGUUACAGGGAUGGUGCGAAGUUACAUUUGCAGAUGAUGUGCCUGGGCAAGAAUUGGGAUCCAGAGUCAAGGUUAUAUGGAGUUAAACGCCCAUUUGAUGGUGCUGUACCACCCAAAAUUCCUGAAGAAUUUAAGAAUUUGGUUGAAGGUGCUUUUCAAGCGUCUCAUGACUUUGUAAGGCAAAACAGUAAAAGUGAUAAAAGUGUCGAAGAUGAACUUCCAUGGAUGUUGCCUGAUAUCUGCCUUGUCAACUUUUAUAGCAACGAUGGAAGGCUUGGCCUUCACCAGGACAGAGACGAGAGCAAAGACAGUCUUCAUAAAGGAUUACCUGUUGUUUCCUUCUCUUUGGGCAAUUCUGCUGAAUUCCUGUAUGGAGCCGAGAGAGAUGUUGAUAUGGCUGAAAAGGUUGUACUUGAAUCUGGUGAUGUUUUAUUAAUUGGUGGCAAGUCCAGGCUUAUAUUUCAUGGAGUGUCAUGUGUUCGGGUCGACACAGCACCUAAGCGCCUGAUUGAGGAGACCAAGCUCAAGCCUGGACGCCUCAAUCUCACAUUCAGGCAAUAUUAACAUGCAUGUUUCUUUUGGGCUCUGCAGCUGACAUAGAUAGUUUCCUAGUCUUUUUUUCGAAACAUGAUAUGACUUUGUUUGCAUCAUGUCCUGUGUUUACUUAGAUUAAAAUUUAACUAAACUAGAUGUUCUCAUUUUACUUGAAUUCGGUUGAACUUUAUUAUUUUUUUCUUACUGGAGAAACUUGAUUUGUUA